CCGGAGCGCUGAGGGGGUGCGCUGGUGGACACGUGGUUUGCUAAUGGCGCUGCCCAGCAGCCGCGUGUGAGAAAGGGACAGACCAGAGUUUCGGGACCGGGAGAAACCGGAGUCACAAGAUGGGGAAGCACAGCCGGACUAGGAACCAGAAGAAAGCUCGGGCAAAUGCAAUUCACCUUGCACAGGAGGAGUAUGCCAGCGUCCCUCAUUCCUUCGUGUUCAACCGGGGCCAGGUUGGACAUAAUGUGCUGCAGUUGAUCAGAGAUAUGAGGCGGCUGAUGGAGCCUUACACUGCCCGUUCGCUGACGGUACGGAAGAAGAAUUUGCUGAAGGAUUUUGUCUCAGUGGCUGGACCGCUUGGGGUGUCGCACUUCUUAAUUUUUACAAAAUCACCAGCAAGUGUAAACCUGAAACUGGCUCGUUUGCCACGAGGCCCCACGCUGACAUUCAGAGUUUGCCAGUACUCUUUGGUGAAGGAUAUUGUGUCGUCACUGAAGAGGCACCGGAUGCAUGAGAGCCAGUUUACCCACCACCCUCUGCUGGUGCUGAACAACUUUGGAAGGGAUGGCAUGCACAUCAAACUCAUAGCCACCAUGUUCCAGAACCUAUUCCCAGCAAUAAAUGUCUACAAGGUUGGCCUAAAUACCAUCAAGCGCUGUGUCCUGAUAAACUAUGACCCCACCACACACCUAAUUGAAGUCCGGCACUACUCCAUCAAGGUGGUUCCUGUUGGGAUGAGCAGGGGUAUAAAGAAGCUACUGCAGGAAAAGUUCCCCAACAUGAGCAAGUUUGAAGACAUCAGCGAUCUGCUGGUGAAAGGAGCCAAUCUGUCGGAAAGCGAGGCGGAGCAGGAUGGGGAGCACAACAUAACCGAGUUACCACAGCCUUACGCAGGCCGCGGGAACAUCAAGGCUCAGCAGAGUGCCAUUCGGCUCACAGAGAUUGGUCCCCGCUUAACCCUGGAGUUGGUGAAGAUUGAGGAGGGAAUGUGUGGUGGAGAAGUGAUGUACCAUUCAUUUGUUGAAAAGUCAGAGGAGGAAAUCCAGCAGCUGCUUGAGCAGAAAGAGAAGCGACAGAAACUAAAGGAGGAGAGAAAGAAAAAGCAAGAGGAAAAUAUUCGGCGCAAGAAGAAGGAGCGGGAACUGCACAAGAAAAAGAGUUUGGAAGGAAUUAGGAGGAACAAGGCUGAAGGAGACAGUGAGGUUGAAGACCCAGGCACAGGGGAGAACCAGGGUCAAAGUGACAAGUCUGAGGACGAAUCGGACCGGGAGCAUUACAGACAAGAAGUUGGAGUUGAACCAGAUGAAGAUCUGUUCCCAGGAGCUUCGAGCAGGAAAAGGAAGAGAGACGGGUCGUCUCAGUCAUUCAGGAAAGUCAAGAGGUCAAAGGGCCCAGGAAAAGUUCCCAGCAAGCAGCACACUAAGCCAGAGCCUGGAGGAAACAGCAGAAGGAAGAAUUUUCAGGGGAGGAAAUCUCGGCUUCUGGGCACUAUGCUGGGUAAAUCCAGAUUCAAGAGUAAAAUCACACUCAAGGGCAAAAGUCGUCAACAUACUGGCUGGAAGGCCAAAAGUCAUCACGGAAGUUCAAAGGCCAAAGGUCAACAUCCAGGCUCCAAGACCAAGGGUCAACGUCCAGGCUUCAAGACCAAGGGUCAACGUCCAGGCUCCAAGGUCAAGGUUCAACGUCCAGAUUCCAAAGGCAAAGGUUACUCUCAUAAAAAGUCCAAAAUAAAGUACCUGGAUCUGAGCCUGGCCUCUGAUGCAGCAUAUGUGGAGAUACAUUCAUUUCCUCUGAGCGCUCCAGCUUCCUCCCAACCCCAAAGACCCACUGGACAGAAGAACGGGUUCAACACUUCCUACGCCGACAUCCAGAGGUCGAUUUUGCCUCCGCUCUUUGGGGUGGAGUUUGUCGUGGCCUUCAUCGGGAAUUCCCUGGCGAUCAUCCUGUUCCUGAGACAGAGGAGGGCAUGGCAUUCGGGCAUCAUCUAUGCCUUCUGUCUGGCCGUGAACGACCUGCUCUACGUCAUCACUCUGCCCAUGCUGGUCGUGUACUACUCCAUGGGCAAGCACUGGGUGUUCGGGGUGGCCCUGUGCAAAAUCGAGCGAUUCCUCUUCACCUGCAACCUGUGCGGGAGCGCCCUGUUCAUCACCUGCAUCAGCCUCAACCGCUACAUGGCCAUCGUGCACCCCAUGUUCACCCAUAACCACCUGGAGCUAAAGCACGCCAAGAUCGUGAGCCUGGUGGUCUGGCUCAUGGCCUGCACCAUAACCUCACCCAUGCUUGUGUACUCCAAGGUGAAGGUGAAGGGGAACAAUUCCGAGUGCCUGGGCUCUGCCAGCGAUGAGGAUUUGCAGAGUUACUUCCCCUACAGCCUGUCCCUGGCGGUGCUGGGCUGCCUCAUCCCCUUCCUCGUCACCUUCGCCUCCUACCUCUCCAUCUUCAAGGUGGUGCUUCACAUUCAGAGCAUAGACAACCUGGAGCGCAGGAAGGUGGGCCUGCUGGUCUGCACCGUCGUCGUGCUCUACGCCAUAAGUUUCAUCCCUUACGUGGUCUUGCGCAAUGUCAACCUUUACCGACGGCUGCAUGUUCUGGACCCGCACGGCCCCAGCCCCAUCUACAAGGCCUACCAGCUGAGCAAGGGCCUGGUCUCCCUCAACAGCUGCAUCCACCCGCUGCUGUACGCCUCCCAGAUGGACAGUCUGAGGGAGAUGUGCAUGGGCUGCGGUAGACAGAGAGUCAACACGCAGGAGCAUUGACCACACCCCCGGAACAAUCUUCCGUAAUGUCAGCUGCUAGAGUUUGUCCUUCCUUCAAGGAUAGGGCUGUCCCUGGUGAUUAUGGAACAGAGUCACAGAUCUAUGGGUUGGCGGAGGCUGGUUGGCCCAUUGGUUGAAAACAGGCCUCCUAGCACUAAUCUCCUGACAUUCCUGAUGUAGGUUCUUGACCCGAAACCUCCACUACCCCACUGCCUCCACAGAUGCUGCGUUCAUUCAGCGCUUUGCUGCAGAUUCUGAAAUCUGUCGUCUCUGGUGUCUGCGGACUAGACCCACUCCUGGAACUGACUGCGGUGAGGGGGCGGGCCAGUGUGACCGGCUCGGCUGGAGUCGGCGUGGAUGUAAAUGGGUUGUAACUACCCUGCAACCUCUACAGGCAGAGAGGAACAAGGAAGGAGAGUCAGCACCAUCCGCUGGACGUGGGGGUGGCGGCCACAUCCCGAACUAUCGGAGGCUAAAAGAAAAACUCAGCCAAUCCAGCACUGGCAAGCCAACAACAAGAGAUUCUGCAGAUGCUGGAGAUCUUGAGCAACGCACACAGGACGCUGGAGGAACUCAGCAGGUCAGGCAGCAUCUAUGGAGAGAAAUAAACAGUCCUCAUUUCAGGCCGAGAGUGUCACUAUUUUCCCCUCCACUCCUCCAUCUGCUUAUCAUCCCUCCUCAUUUAGAUCCACUUUGCUACCUCUUGCUCCACUUCACCCCCUGUCCUCUUUAUACUGACUAUCCCCCCCCCACCCCAGCCCCCGGAAUAUAAAUUUCACGGCAUAUGCCAGUGAUAUUCAACCUGAUUCUGAUUCCCUACCCUCGGCCCGCAAUAUCGACUGUUUAGUCCCCUCCACAGGUGCUGCCUGACUUGCUGAGUCCCUCUGGCAUUCUGAGCGUGCUGGGAAACGCAGACGGUCUGACGCCCGGCUCACUUGUAGAUCUGGAACGCAAUCUGUGGGCUCAGAGUGCAGUGAAGCCGGAGCACUCAGGGUCAAGGACUGGAGUGGAUCUGUGCCUGAAGUCAGGAUAAGUUCAUGUAUUUCCUGUAUCCUUUUAACACACUUUUAAUGACUAUGUAACCUGCUGUUCAAAAAAAUGAAAUAA